GAUCCUGAUUUUAAUUUGCCAAAUAGUUUUAUUAAGGACUUUUAUAAUUCUAAAAAAAUCCUGUUAAAAUCAAUGAUUACCGAGGUGGCUCAACUUGCUAUUGAAUGUAACAAUCAUCAAGAAAUAGUAGUAUGGUUAAAACAAUUUAUUGAUCGGCAAAAAGAAAUGAAGGCUUCAUCUACUAAAAAAUGA